UCGGAGCUGGAGGAGCCGCACCGGGACCGGUCCGAGCCGCUCCGGUGUCUGCGGGCCACAUGGAGUUCUCCCGGGACGUGCUGGUGGACUUCCUGCUGCGGGGCGGGGGCAGAGUGUCCCACGCGGCCCUGCUGGAGCACUUUAAGCCGCUGUUCCCGGAGGACCCGCGGGGGAGGGCGUCGGUGCGGGACAGCUUUAAAAAGUGCGUGGACAGCGUGGCCGUGGUGCGGACCGAGGACGGGGUGAGGUAUGUGUGUCUGAAGAGACGCUUCCAGCCCCCCGGGAGGGAGGACCGGGCCGGUACCGGACCGGGAGACAGUUUCAGAGGACAGACGGCAGCGGGCACGAGCACGAGCUCAGGUGACGACGCGGCUGCACCUGGAUCACAUUCCGGAAGUGACGUCCAGGUGUGUGUUCCGCAUGUUUCCACCUGUGUGUCAGAGGGAGUGUGUGAGGAGCGGCGCGGCUCGGGGGACAUGGGGAACAGAGGGAGCUUCCGGCACUCGGACCGGGGGUCCAGGAAGGAGCUGGUGCCGGUCCGGAAGAACAUCCCCGCCAUCGAGGUGAUCCAGGCGUCGCCGCCCCCCUCCGCCGGGCCCGUCUUCCUCCUGCCCGGACCCGCCCCGCCUCAGGGCUCCGGGUGCAGGUGGGGUGCGGGGGACGAGGCCCGCCUGGACCAGCUGGACCAGCUGGACCAGCUGGACCACCUGGACGAGGACUCCCCUCGAGGCAGCCGCAGACACUUCCUGCAGACCAUGGUGAGCAGCUCCCCCGAGGUGCGGCGCAGCGUGGUCCUGCGGAGCUGGGACCCCGACGCCGCCGGGGACGCCGUCUCCCUGGCGUCCUCGCUGGAGGACGAGCGCGCCGCCGUCACGCUGGACCCGCUGGAGCACGAGUGGAUGCUGUGCGCGUCGGACGGCGAGUGGCCCUGCCUGCAGCGCCUCCUGGAGGCCGAGCCGGGCCUGGUCCUGAAGAGGGACUUCGUGACGGGCUUCACCUGCCUGCACUGGGCCGCCAAGCUCGGCCGGCCCGAGCUCCUCGCGCUCAUCGUCAACUUCGCCCGGCAGCGCGCCGUGCCCGUGGACGUGGACGUGCGCUCCAGCGCCGGCUACACGCCGCUGCACGUGGCCGCCAUGCACCACCACCUGGAGGUGGUCAAGCUGCUGGUGGGGGCCUACGGCGCCGACGUGGAGGCCCGGGACCACGGCGGCAGGAAGGCCUGCCAGUACCUGAGGGACGGCGUGAGCGGGGACAUCCGGGACAUCGUGGGGGCGUCCCACGGCGCCGCCGACCCCCCGCGGGCGGUCCCGGACCACGGCGGCCGCUGGAGGCUCUCCAGGGCGCUGCAGGCCAACCCGAGGCCCCCCGGGGACCCGGCGGACGGAGAGCAGCCCCCCCUCAGGAGGAGGGCGUCCCUCAGCAAGCUGCAGAAGCUCCGCAGCAGGACGUCCCAGCUCGUCCACAGCACCACCUUCCACGGCCCGGGCGACCUGCCCGCCUCCUGGAGGGGCUCCUUCAGGCUGCGGCCCAAGACUCACUUCUUCGGAUGACGGAACGGGUCCUGCGGGGGUGUCUUCAUCCCCAAAACGGACCCCAAAACGCCGUGGUGUGGCCGGGACGUUGAAACGUGGCGCUGGAUGUUCAGGGUGGAGGAAUAUGAAAGACUGCUCACAGGAAUUCUGUUGUUACCUGCCUUUAGGAAUCAUCUCCGUCUUUUACCCUGACACAAGAGGAAACUUUAAUCUGUGAUGAGAUUAGCCUGGAUUAUAAGAUGAGAUGGGACAGACUGGACACACACACACACACACACACACACACACAAGUCUUGAAAUAAAGGAAUUUA